GCUGCAGUGAUCCGUGAACUUCCGCGUCAAGCGCAGCUGAAGGACGAGGAGGUGCGCAUUUCCGCGCGAGCAGCGUCCUUGAAUUUUCCUGAGCUGCUCAUGCUGCAGAACAAGUACCAGUACAAGCCCAAGCUGCCCUUCGUGCUCUGCACGGAAGGUGCUGGUGUGGUGACGGAAGUGGGAUCCAAGGUCACGAAAUUUCGUCCCGGCGAUCGAGUCUUCUAUGCCACGUUGGCCGGAUGUGCUCGAGAGGAAAUGGUGUUGCCGGAACAGAUCGUCAUCCCGCUGCCUGAUGCCUUAUCUUUCAGCCAGGGGGCGAGUUUCCACAUGGGCUACACCACAGGUUACCACGGCCUGGUCACCCGUGGCCAUUUGAAGCCCGGCGAGUGGCUCCUGGUCACGGGCGCCGGGGGCGGCAUGGGCUCCAUGGCGGUGGAGAUUGGGAAAGCCGUGGGCGCCAAAGUGAUCGCCGCGGCAAGUUCGGAUGAUAAGUUGGAGGUGUGCAAAAAGUUGGGAGCCGAUUAUGUGGUGAAUUACAACAAGCAGAAGUUGAAAGAUGUGGUCGGCGAGAUCACCAAAGGUCAGUUCUGCGACGUGAUUUAUGAACCUGUUGGCGGAGAGAUUUUCGAUCAGUGCGUGAGAUGUGUGGCGACCAAAGGCUAUGCCAGACUUCUAGUCAUUGGCUUCGCGUGUGGAACCAUUCCAAAGUUCGGCAUCAACAUGGCCCUGAUCAAAGGCUUUGACCUGGUGGGUGUUCGCUCGGGCGCACAGCUGGGCCCGGACCUCAGGGGCCUCAGAGAUCUUUCAGCAUCUUUCAGAACGGAGCGUGCGGCCGCCCUGGAGGCGCAGGCCCGGCAGGUCCUGGAGCUGCUGGCUGACGAGGUCACGCUGCUGCAGGCCAUGGCGUUGACGUGCCAAGUGGCCUUGGAUUGCAUAGGUUUGACCAAAGCUGUCGACCUGGAGUUGGCUUCGCAGAUGAUGGACUGCUUCGAUGAAGAGCUGGCGUUGACGGUCUGGGGCUUCAGCGUUGAGCUGGCGCAGGUCAUUGCACUCAGUUUGGCUGCCGUCGCUGGUUUGCUUGAUCUUGGUCAUCACGACAUGAACAUCCCGAGUCAUCGCUACGCCAAGCGCUCAAUGAUUGCACCAUACCUGGAACCUGUGGCGGUGGAUUUCGACGUCAUCGCACCACAGGUGUAUGCUGCCCUAUGUCGAUUUGAGUUGGAAAACAGCACCAGAGAGGAGCGAAAUUUGGUGCACGCCUUUCAACAGAUUUGCAUCUGGAUAUUGACCAUCCUGUAUCGUUUCGAAGGAUCUGGCAUCGAAGCGGCGAAUUUUUGGGAUUGGAGUGGCGGCGAUCCUCACUGGGCGAUGGUUCUGGGCAAAGGAGUCCUGGCAUUUCAACAGGCACCCAGCACGUCCUCUGACGAGUCGCCGUCACUUCCGGUGCCGGAGGAACUGUCGCAGCUGCAGACAGCGGUGCUCUCGGCCAUCUGUCAGCUGCACUUACCGCAGAUCGCGUUCGGGGGCGAAUUGGAGGCGGGUGUCAUUGCGGAUGAUUUAGGCGGCGGCUUCUCUCUGGGUGAACGCUUGGUGGGCUCGGAUCUACAUCGAUCGCGCUUGGCUCAAGCAGCCAGCGAUGCCAAUCUGAUCGCAGCAGCGGUCAACCAUUUGUCUUCCACUCAAGAGGCUCACUGUGUCUCUUCAUUGGCUUCAUUCCUGGUGGCUCUGAUGCAACCGCUUCAGAGCAGCACUUCCGCAUGGAAAGAGGUCAUUGAUGGUGACCAUCAGGAGACCAGUAUCAGCAGCAAGCUGGACGCGGAAGGUGUUUUGGACGCUUUCAUCGAAGAAACCUCGAUGCAUCGCCACAGUUUGUGGGCGCUGUUCUUCGCGACGCCGGAGCGCCCUGGCCGCGGCUUGCUCCAGGAGCUUGCGCAGUUGGCAGGGCAUGUGACGCCACCGGCGGAGCUCUGUUGUAUAGCGCUGCCAAGAUGGGUUGAUGAAGCUUACAGUGACAUCACCUGCCUGGCCUCUAUUACGUUGUUAGCCGCCAACAGCGGCUUCGCCCCGGGACACCACGCGAUCCGCCGGUUGACGGAGCGUCUGGGAAGCUGUUCCCAGGCGCAGAGGGAGGAGCUGACCACGCGCCUGGCGCGGCAGAAGGGGAAACGGCGAUAUCCGGAGACUUGGGAAGCCUGGUACAACUUCAUUGGCAGCGCUCCACUGGUGGAAAGAGAUGAGGUGGUGGAAAGUGAAGUGGAAGCGGUUCCUCCACCAGCGCCACCACCACCAGCGGAAGCGGUGACGAGCGAGCCGAAGAAGAAGGUGCAGACGAGUCUCAGGGACAUCAUUCGCGAAGCUCCGCGAGAUCUCUGCUGCGCUCUGGACGGUAAGCUGCUUAUGGAUCCUGUGAGAUCACCCUAUGGCCACGUCUUCGAACGCAGCAAUUUGGCAAAAGCCUUGGAGAAGAGAUGUGGUCAUUGUCCACUGACCUUCGAACCCCUAAGUCUGAGCGACUGCACGCGCGACGCAGAGCUGCGUUUGCGCGCCACGCGCUGGGUGCGACUGGCGGCAAGCGAUGGUAAGCUCAAGCCUUACAUCAGCGCUGAGUUUCCCUUGGAGAACUUCAGGGAAGCGUUUUACCUUAUGGAGCAACGCAAGGUCGUUGGAAAGUGUUGCAUCACCUUCGGGUCCAGCAGCAAGCUUUGA